AACUGCGAAAACAAUAAUAAAACCACAUAAAACCUGAUUACGUUUUCAAUUUCGUCUCGAAAUUUAUUCGAAAAGUGCCCCAAUUAGUUAAGAAUAAUGUAAAACGUAAAUCAAAAAGAUUCCUUAAACGAAACAGUGAUGUUAAAGUGAUCGUUUUUAAUGUGUUCAAAGACCAUGCCAUAGAUUUCUAACAUUCCGCAACAAGACUCUUGAGAGCAAAAUUGCCUGAAGGAUGGCCAAACCGAACAUCUCUGAGUACCAGAUGCUGGAGAAGAUCGGCAGUGGCUCGUACGCUUCCGUUUUCCGGGCGUUGAAAAAGGCAUCCAGGGAAAUCGUCGCCAUCAAAUGUGUUGAGAAGUCCUCCCUUUCGAAAACGGCCGUGGACAACAUAGUGACCGAAAUCAGUCUACUGAAGAAGUUGAAACAUGAACACAUUGUAGAGAUGCGUGACUUCCUGUGGGAUGAUCGGUUCAUCUACAUCGUGAUGGAGUACUGCAAUGGGGGCAGUCUGCACGCCUAUAUAAGGCAGAAGCAGAAACUACCGGAAACGGUUUGUCGAGUGUUUCUGAGGCAGUUGGCAUUAGCUUUGAGGUAUAUGCGGGAACGAGAGGUCUGUCACUUCGAUUUGAAGCCGCAGAAUUUGCUGCUGAUGAGGAUUAGCGGACAUGGAAUGGUGCUGAAGGUUGCCGAUUUCGGUUUCGCUCAGCAUUUGGAAUUGGGUCAGGAGAAUUGUAACAUCAAGGGAUCGCCACUGUAUAUGGCACCAGAAAUUCUUCUUAAGCAACGGUACGAUGCUCGGGCUGAUCUCUGGAGCAUUGGGAUUAUUUUGUACGAGUGCCUUUUUGGACGUGCGCCUUACAGUUCGGCUUCUUUGGGGGAGUUGUUGGAAAAAUUUAAGAAUAGACAACGGAUUGAGAUACCUAAGCAUGGGAUUAAUUCCAUUUCUAUCGAGUGUGAGGAUCUUCUCAGUCGUUUGUUGAAACGUGAUCCGGAUGAUCGAAUCGCUUUCGAUGAUUUCUUUUCCCAUUCGUUUCUAGAUCUGGAACAUUCUCCAUCAGAAGAUAAUCUGAGUAAAGCCGUUGCUUUGAUAAGCGAGGCUAUUGAGUUGGAUAAGAAGCUGGACUACGAUGGAGCUUACAAGAAAUACUGCAAAGGAUUGCAAUAUUUCGUACCGAUGAUUCAAUCCGAAACAGAUCCUGCGAAAAAACGCGUUCUGAGGGAAAGAGUUCAGACUUAUCUGAAUCGAGCAGAGGAAAUCAAACAUUCAUUCCAAUCGGACCAAUUGGAGGGUGCCGAACAAUCCCAACAACCUUCUUGCUCAUCCCAAAAGAAAGUAACCGUGACACGAACAGCCUCCCAGAUUGAACGAAUAAAAAGAGCCUUCGAACCAUCCGAGCUUUACAAGAAAUUGUAUGCCCAAGCUUCCUCGAGUCCGGACCUUAAAAAUGCCCUGGAAAUCGGCCGUCAAGCGGAGCUUUAUGCUCGCGAAAACAAGCUAGACAUUGCCUUGGAUUCCUACAAGACUGUGUUGGGAUUGUUGAUGCCAUUGCUGCAUGCGGAACCGAAAAACUCCGGUCGCCGAGAGCUGUUGCAUCGACAGAUCCUCUGUUGGAUGGAGGAAGCCGAACAGAUUAAAACGGUCCGAUCGGCACAGAUCCUUGAAGAGGUCGAACAUGAGACCAGUUCCGGACCCGCUGGAAAUUGUUCGAUCCAGUAAAAUAUGCUUUCUAUUUUGUUUGUGUGUCUCCAAUAUCUACAUAUAUGUUUGAACGUGCGUUUAUAGCUUUUUAAGAAUUACUAGGUUUGUAGCUUUAUACUCGAUUAUAUUGUCCUUGACUGCAUUGCUGUAAUAAAUUUU